UUUAUGAAAAAUAAUUUUCUAGAAAAUCAUCCACAAAUUUUGAAACAGCUGGCCUGUUAGAAAAUAGCUAAUUUAUCUGUCAUUAAUCAUGGAUCGUCGUAGAAGCUUAGGUUUUGUACCUAUCAAACUCCCAGAUUCAGUGUGCAAUAACUUGUUUUCGAUGGGAAGUGAUGAUAAAAGAUCUUUGAUGUCUCCGAUGACUGAACUUUCAGUAAAUCUAGAGUUAAGUUCAAUGUCAACACCACGUCGCCGGCUUUCCUUGUCUGAAAAUGGAACGCCUACACCAAAACGUGCAAAUUCUGUUACUGAAUCGAUAGAGUCUGGAAUAGGAUCUCCACUAGCUGAUAUACAAGGAAUGGAAUCACCAUUAACACUAUGUCCGGACUUUGACUCACCAACAAUAGAAAACAUACGGGCAAGAAAAGGCUCAACUUCUUCUGCAAAUUCAUUUAAUAUGCGAAGACGGAUUAUGGCAAGACGUAGCUUUUCAUCUCCAGUUAUGACUAGAAAACCCCUUGAACCACUAAGUUUUAAUGACCAAAACUCACCACAGAAUUCACCAUUUAAGCCAAUUAUUAACAAUGCAGAAGAAAAUCACAGUGAUUUGUCCAUGUGCGAAAUGUCUGAUCAGUUUCCGGAACUGGACGACUGCAAAUUUCAGUUAAAGAGAAAAUAUGUGGGAAGAUCUAAUUCUGCUCCUCCAGAUGUAUUUGACGAUAUGCAGUAUCAUAAUUUUGAAAGCCAGUUGUCAAAAGGUAGCGACGAUGAUGGCUUUUUUGAUGAACUUUCCAAAGAUUCAGAAUGUAUGAACUCAAAUCUAUCAUCGAGCGUUCCAACAAAUUUAAUGGGACUGAUGGCGGGUCCUAUAGUGUCGAAAGAGUUUCCAGAAGAAGAUAAAGAAAACUGCGCUCCUCAGCCAGUCUUUAGAAAACCAAUUGGAGUGCCUAUCCGAAAAACAAGGUCGAAAUCAUUUUCAAUCAAGCGAGACAACCCAUGCGAGAACAGUCCUAGUCCUGUUUCUAGAAAGAAAAGACAAAGAUUUGUCAGAAGUCAGUCUACCUUAGAUGUUAAUGCUAUGGCACCUGUCCAAAAAAUACUAACUGCACCGUUACCUUCAAGAGGAUUGUUUCGAUCGCAAUCAUUUGAUACACAUGUUACUAAAUCACCCAGUGUUGACAUUACAUCCUUGUUUGACAUGGACAACAAGAACUUAAUUGGAGACAAGACUAGAGAAUAUUGUUUACCGACAUUAGAAUCUAAACAUCCUGACUUGAAGGGGAUUUCCCCAGAAACCUUGGCAAGCGUGAUGGAUGGUGACUUUAAACACGUGAUCGAUGAGGUUUUUAUCAUUGAUUCUCGUUACCCAUAUGAAUAUGAAGGAGGCCAUAUCAAGGGAGCUUUAAAUAUAUACGAGAAACCAGAGCUCGUUCAGCAAUUUCUUCAAAAUCCAAAAUGCAAUCCAGAUAAAAGACAAAUUUUUGUUUUUCAUUGCGAGUUUUCUUCGAAGCGUGGACCAGCCAUGUGUCGUUUCCUCCGCAAUCAAGACAGGGACGUGCAUCAAAACUGUUACCCGAAGCUCUACUAUCCGGAGAUGUAUCUGUUAGAAGGUGGCUACAAAGAUUUUUUCGCUAAUAAGAAGACUUAUUGCCAACCUGAAGUAUACCGCGAGAUGUUAGAUCCUCAGUUUUCACAGGAACUAAAGAAAUUCUCGAAGCGUUCGAAGUCCUGGAGUGAAGAUAAAUCCAUGCGAAGGAGAACAGGUUUAAGAUACUGAGAGCUGCUCCUGUUUUUAUAAUGUAGUUCGUAGUAGGUUGUUUCAAAUUAUGGCGUUUUAUUAUUUAUUAUAUAAAAAAAAGUGUGAAUAUUUGUAUAUAAUGACCAAUUUUUGUGCACUGCGAAAUGUACAAUGCAGUCGUACUUAAAAACAAACUCGUUUGCGUUCUACACCUGAACGGAUUGCCAAAGCGCUCCUUCGUCUGAACUACUUUGUGUAUUACAGUAAUAUUUUAAAAAUCUAAAUCAUUUAAUGCAGUCCCCUGUGCAUUAUUUUACUUAACGGUUGAGAGCUAUCCUUAUGCGCCGGCGCAUGUGAAAUUUAAGCAGACACAAUGGAUUGUGGUUAUAGUCGCAUAAUGCGCGGGUUGCGUAGUUUUAUCAACUUGAAAAUUUAUUUUAUUAUUUUUUUUGUGUUGAGUUUUUAAUACUCCUUCAAUGUGUAUCAAGUUUUCAAUAAAAUAUAUUUUCACUGACUGA